AAAAUGGUGCGCUUCAAAAAAGGCAAGACAAAGAAAGCUUUAGACCUCUGGCAACAAGCAGGAGGUAGAGAUUUCAUCACCAGGUCUUUAAUUUCUCAUGGUUUUAGUGAAGUUAAUGUUACAACUGAACAGUGGUCCUCAGUUACACUUACAGUGUUUAAAAGUAAUAAGAAAGAGCAUCUUAAGUGGUUGAGGGUCAUCUGGGGUGAAGACCGACGUGGAGUCCGGACUGAGGUGCUUCAAGCAGCACUACCCAACCCCAAGAGCCCACCUGCCACAAAGGUGAAGAAAAGAAAAGUGGACCAACAGGAACAAGAUGCACAGGGAAAUUUGACCUGGCUGUGGGAAAAAAAGGACACAGAGGUGGUCGUGGCAGUGCUCCCCUCACAGAUGAAAGGACGCAUGUUGCUUAUCCGCCACUGUGAGCUAUGCUCACUUCGACCCCACCAGUGGUUGACAGGGGAGGUAAUUGAAGGCGUGUUUCAUGUUGCUGCCGACAAAUUUGCCGUUCUGAACAAAAUGUACUUGCUAAAUCACUACACAGCAAGUGUCAUUUUGUUCGGGGACAGAACUCAGCUAAUAUCUCACAGUUUACCGAAGGUCAACUUUGACAACUAUGAAGCUGUCCUGUCCUUUGUACUUGUCAACAACAACCACUGGAAGUUGCUGUACAUUCAUGCCAAAACCAGCACCGUAUUCCUGGUGGAUCCAGCUCAAAGCAUCAAAGAGCUUGAUGACUCCGAACAUGCUGCCAAAAGAAUACAGUCAAUCAAAAUGCAAUAGAUAUUUGAAAAUUCAAAGAGUACUUCAGGAUGAGGAGGACACGCCACAGCAUAACAGACUGGGUGGAUGUUAAGUGGAAGGGAGGCGUUAUGGGCCACCCACUUCAAACGGAUGGAUGUAGCUGUGGUGUCGUUGUUGUGAAGAUGGCAAAGGCAGUCAUGGAGUCCUUCCCUCUGAUCCCGAAUGUGAAUUUCGAGUGUUCGAAGAAAUACAUGAAACGGGAGAGGAGAGAACUGGCUCUCGAAAUCCUUGAGGCAUCAGGUUCAGUGUGAUGACUGUGAACGAUGGUACCAUGCCCAGUGCCUGGCAAUGGACAGCAGAGACUUUAAAAAGGCAGAGACAGGAUAUUGGAAUUGUCCUUUGUGCAAGUAAUACUUGAAAUGUGCUCAAUGAUGACGAUUAGUAAAACAUGUGUCCUGUGUAGCCUU